GCCGGCGCGCCGCCAUGCUGCAGCAGAUCAAGGAGGGCGUCCGGGAUUGGCUGUUCUCGGACGCCGACAAGCAGCACCUGACCGACAUCUCCCUGGAGUACAGCUACCACGACCUCGCCAGCGGCACCGGAGGCUUUGCGAGCAGCAGCAAGCUCGGCAGCGGCGCCGCGGGCACGGUGUACCGCGGGACGCUCCGGGGCGGCACUGAGGUGGCCGUGAAGAGGCUCCCAGACGACGGCACCCUCGGAGGGUUCGAGGACGAGGUGAGGGUCCUCAGCCGCUUCCGACAUCCCAACCUGGUGACUCUGCUAGGCUGGGGCCAGAGCAGCACCGAGAAGUUCCUCGUCUACGAGCUGCUCACCGGCGGGGACGUUGGUGCGCGCCUGGCCAAGUGCCGCGACCGCGGGGAGCCGUUCGAGUGGCGCCACCGGCUGCGAGUGGGCGCCGACGCCGCGUGCGGCCUCUCGCACAUGAUGAACAGCACGCCGAAGGCCCUGCACCGAGAUAUCCCCGGGCCCGCCAACAUCCUCCUCGAUGCCAACGGCACGGCCAAGAUGGCGGACUUCGGGCUCGCGGGCACCAUCCGGGACGUGCGGCAGCAGCACCUCACGGUGGAGAACAUCAGCGGCACCCCUGGCUACGCCUGCCCUGUCUACAUUCGGACGGGGCACGUAAACGAACAGACGGAGGCGUACUCGUUCGGCGUGGUGCUCCUCGAACUGCUCCUCAACAUGCCGCCCGCGCUGCAGGGCCCUUCGGGCGACAUCGUCUACCCGCUGCUGCAGGCAGUGAUGCCCGGAGCACCCGACGCCACAGGCCGCGUGCUGGAGUCCCUGGACAGGCGGGCGGCGUGGCCGCGGCCGGCGGCCGAGCACUUCGCCUCGAUGGCGCUGUCGUGCAUCGACGGCGCUCCCGAGAGGAGGCCCCCUUUUGAGCAGCUGGUCCGGGAGCUGCGCGCCCUCGCGGCCUCCGCCAGCGCCGCUGCCGCCUCGGCUGGCGACGGUGCCCAAGGCCGCUCCAGGUCCAAGACGCCCCCGGCGCCGGAGGACGCGGCCCAGGCCUCCGAGGUGGCGCUGAGCUGCGUGCACGCGGACGGCGUGGACCUCGCCGCGCUGCCGGCGGCGCAGCGCUGCCUGGCCUUCCCGGCGCCUGCCGCGCGUGGCGCCUGGUCCGCGGCAGUGGGGCGGCAGCACCAGCCCGAGCUGUUCGACCGGCUCGUGCUGAACAAGGUCUGCGGGGCCCAAGUCGCCCGGGCGGGCGUGCCAAAGGUGUCCUCCGUGCCGGCCGUGGCCGCAGCGGCCGCUCUCGCCGCCGCUCGCGCCAGGCGGCGUGAUCGCCGCGGGGAGCGCCGCGGCGGCGCCUGUCAACCCGUCGCCCUCCGCGCGACCGCCGUGGCCGAGAAGUCCGAGGCCACAGUGGGCGAGGUGCUCGAGCGCGAAGACAUCCGCAACAUUGCUAUCAUUGCGCACGUCGAUCACGGCAAGACCACGCUUACGAACGCGCUGAUGAAACAGACCUCCAACGAUGAUAGCAUCGGAUCCAUGGACAGCAACCAGAUCGAGUCGGAGCGGGGCAUCACGAUCCUGGCCAAGAACGCAUCUGUUGAGUGGAAAGGCGUCAAGAUCAACAUUAUCGACACCCCUGGGCACGCAGACUUCGGUGGCGAAGUCGAGCGAAUUCUGAACAUGGCGGACGCUUGCCUCCUCCUGGUUGACGCGCAGGAGGGCCCAAUGCCUCAGACCAAGUUUGUGCUGAAGCAGGCCCUGAAGCUUGGUCGCAAGGUCAUCGUUGUCAUCAACAAGGUCGACAAGCCUGCAGCACGGUGCGAUUGGGUGCUCGACACCACCUUCGAUUUGUUCGCCUCCCUCGGUGCAGACGACGAGCUCUGUGACUUUCCGGUCUGCUACGCCUCGGGCUUCUUGGGUGUGGCAUCGAGAGAUGGCCCAGACUCGUUGGAGAAAGACUUGUCUCCGAUCCUCGACCAGAUCCUUGAGGAGUGCCCCAAACCCAUGGUAGACACCCGUGCCCCCCUGCAAAUGCUCAUCUCGAACUUGGACUUCGACCCGUUCAUCGGGCGCAUCGCGAUCGGCCGCAUCAGGUCUGGCAACCUCAAAGUCGGCCAGGAGCUUGGCUUCCAGUUUGGUCCCAAGGGUGCCGUGAGAAAGGCGAAGAUCAGCAAGCUCUGGGACUUCUGCAACAAUCAGAGGAGGGAAGUGGACGUGGUCAAAGCCGGCGACAUCUGCGCAUUCUCGGGCAUGGACGACGUGACCAUAGGCGACACCGUGGUGGACCCAGCGAACCCCCAGGCUUUGCCGCCGAUCGUCGUGGAGGAGCCCACGGUCGUCAUGGAGUUUGGGGUCAACAUGUCGCCCUUCUCUGGGCAGCUGAAGGAGACCAAGUGGGUGACCAGCUCUCACAUCAAGAACCGCCUCGAGAAGGAGACCAUGACCAACCUGGCCAUGCGCGUGGAGCAGGGAAGCACCGCCGAAUCGUUCAGAGUCAAGGCCCGCGGCAUCCUGCAGCUCGGGAUCCUUAUCGAGAACCUGAGGCGCGAGGGCUUCGAGGUCAUGAUCGGGCCGCCAGAGGUCAUCACGCUCACCGACCCGGAGACAGGCGAGAAGCUCGAGCCCUACGAGGACGUAGUGGUCGAUACACCCACCGAGUACCAGGGCACCGUCAUGGAGGAGAUGCAGAAGAAAAGCGCCGAGCUGGUCAACAUGGAGGCUGGCGCUGGGGAGGGCAGCAUGAUCAUGUCUUUCAAGAUUCCCACCCGCAAUCUGAUCGGCAUGCAGGGCGUCCUCAUGCGCCGCACCAAGGGGCAGGCCGCCGUGCUCAACUCGCGAUUCGCCGAGUACGGCCCGUACCAGGGGGACGGCCUCAAGUUCCGUGAAGCUGGCUCGGUGGUCUCCGCGUCCGCCGGCAAGGUCACCGCAUACCAGCUGGUCAAGAUGAAGAGCCGUGCAACGUUCUGGGUGAAGCCUGCCGAGGAGCUCUACGAGGGCAUGAUCUGCGGGAUCCACAACAAGGAGGAGGACAUCACCAUCAACAUGGCCAAGAGCAAGGGCACGAGCAACGUGAGGGAGAAAACCGCCACGGGCGUGGAGGCACCGCCGCCACCCCUUCCCAUGAGCAUCGACGAUUUCCUGGGUCACAUGGACACUGACGAGAUGCUCGAGGUGACGCCGGGCCCCAUCCGUCUCCUGAAGAGGAACUCCAAGGCCCUCAAGGUUCGGUGA